GAGAGAGAGAUCUAGGUUUUGGAAAGAUGGCAGGAGGGUUUCUGGCGAGGAAGAAGAAGAGGGCGGAAAAAAUACGACAGGUGGAAAUUAGCAAAGCGUACGAGGAACGGGAACGGAAGAAGGGUCCCGGGUCUGAUCCAUUGCUGUAUAUCUGUACUUUCGAGGAAUACAAACGUCACGGUACAGCUGGCUUUUCAGCCGGUUACGGUGUCCACACCAUCCGAGUCUCCGAUUUGAAUGGUUCUGACGAUAAGCCAAGGCCCGAGAAGCUACGCGAAGUUGCUAAUCUGCAAGGGGAACACCUUCCACUACACAUGGGUUUCGCUGUCUUUGGCUCUCGCAUUGUUCUGGCCGGCGGCUGGUUUCUGCAUCCGAAGAUAAAGCAUCCGAUGCCGACCUAUGUUUUGGAGACCGAUCCAACUGAGGAACCCAACCCUAGCUUCAUCAGCACCACUAGUAGUAGUAGACCCCGCUACAUGAUUCCGCAGUUGAAAGGACAUAAAAAAUCUCAGAUCUGGCUUCGGGAGAUUGACGGUAAGCUGUAUGCUCUCUCCGGUACAGACUCGAAACAAAUGAUUUUUCAGGUAUUUGACCCCAAAGCCAAACCUGAAUGGGAUCGUCUCCCCGCGCCUCCAUUCGAUGAUUGGAGUGCGUUUUAUUAUUUUUCAUCAUGUGUAGUUGUGGGCACCAAGAUCAUUCUCACAACUAAGAAGGAAAGGGAAUUCAAGACACUCUGCUUUGACGUGGCUCACCCUAAGGGAUGGACUAGCCUUGAAGCACCCUGCUCUGACCCUCUUUGUGUGUCCCCUGAGUUCUACAACCCGGUUUUAGUUUUGGACGUCAAGGAGGAUCAGAAUGGCUUUGACAAGCUAAUGUUUACUUUUGAUAAUGGUGAUAACCAAAUUCUAGUCUCCAGAAUGAAGUUGUCCGAUGAAGGGGUACCUGUUUCUGUUGAAUCAGUAGCUGAACUAGAUUUGCCCGACAAUCGUGACAUUGAACCAACUUCAUACAAUUUUGCCCAUCUUGGAGAUCAAACAGUAUGCUUUGCAUUCAUGGAUAUAUUCACUCUUCAUGUCAUCACUUUCAAUUUUACCUAUGCCCCAUUCUCUCACAAAUUCCUGGGUCACAUGUUCAACAAAUUUAACUCGCGUGAGGAACUUUCUUGGAUCAACAUUAGUGGUUGCUUUGUGCUCUAACUCCAUUGCUCCCUGGGUAUGCCCUAUAGGAUUGACCAAUUUGAUUUUUGGGAAGAUAAUUUUUGUAAGAAGUAACAUGGUGCUGUGAGCUGGAGGGAAGGGCGGUCUCUGCAGAUAUUUGUGGUAUCAGUAUAUAUUUAAUCUGUAAUUAUAAUCUUGAAGGCUGAGAGGGGAAAGGUGCAAUAUAAGUGUCUACUGAAUAGUUUCAAUUCACAUUUGUCUUGCCCACACCCCAGCCAAUUGAUAACUUUUGGAACUGUAACAUCCAAAGCACUACUUGAAAGAUUCCAUGCAAGUGCCAACCAAUAGUCCCAACUGUCAAGUGUCUUUUCAUGAUUUUGAUUCAAUUUCUCUCCCUCAUAAACACGAUUUGAUGCUUUAAAGCAAAAGGAAUACAGUAGAAGCUGAUAGGUUUUGUUUGAAC